AUGAAAGAGUCAAGGCGUGUGUGUUGCGUAGACAGCGGGUACUGGCAGGGGCGUGGGGGUGGUGGUUGUGGUGGGGAAGAGCAGGGAGGGAGAUCAGCGGCAAAAGGAUAGAGUCUGACCGUUAGUCGGCACGUCACGUCACGCACACAAUGGCCGUGACGUCGCUGAGAGUGGCCGGUGCUCUACUGCUGGCCCUCAUCGCCAAUGCUGCGCUUCUGUCCGUUCUGCUGGUGCAGAACGCUAGUCGCCACUCUGCACACCACAGCGACAACAUCAACGACAACGCCUUGGAACUCAUCUACCACAAGGAGGGCGACGUCGGCUCUUAUUCAAACUUGGUGUCAGGUGGCGGCAAGGCCGGGCAAAGCACUACGGGGCGUGUCAUGGGGGCAGCGCGUGACGUGCAGACACAGAAAGUCCUGUUGUCUGGAGCAACGAGAGCCGACAGCAAUGGAGGUGUCAGAAGUGUCAAAGACAUGAGCGCCGAUAACAUUGGAAGUGGUGGAGUGAAGAAGGUCGUCCAUGUCCUUUCACGUUCACAGAGAAGCACAAUUUUGAAAGUCGCCGACACGGGCCGUUACCUUAAUGACGUCAUUGCGUCUCUGACAUCUGCUGAGCUUCAAAGUCUGGAACCAGGCGUUGCAAAGACGCUGGUACCGGCGCUGGUGGGGCUGGAGAGUAUGGUGCUACGCGAGCUGGAGCGAUUGCACGCCGUCAGCCUCAACCAGGAGCUGCGCAUAGAGCAGCUAGAGACUAGGCAGCUGGACCAGCAGGACCUUCUGGACAGCCUCAGCCUCGCGCGCAGGAAAGAGCCAGUGGAGAACCAGAAGCAGGAGCCGUUGGAACAUGACGUCACCGCUGGAUUAUCAGGCAAUAUGUCUGUGCAGAAAGUGGCAUCAGAGCGAGGCUCAGAGCUGUACUCUGCGGUACAAGAAGAAACUUGGUCUGGAAGUGGUGAAGGCGUCACUUUAAGCCCACCAGCAAUGACAACUCUUGCAACAGCGACAACAACAAACGGUGACAACGCGAUCAUCAACCACAUUUAUGAAAUCUACAGCUCCCUUACUUCUCUGGAGCACAAGGUGACAGAGCUAGGCAGCAGUCUGACUGCAGCAGUGGGGGAGACAUAUCGACAGCGCUCCAGUCUAGUGCGCAUAGAGGACAUAGUUGGAGAACUGGGGCGCACACAGCGAAAUCUUGUCAUGCGCACUACCAUGCACACCUUCAAGCUGUCUGACAUGGAGCAGUUCAAAGGCCAGACAGAGAUACUGCUGCAGACAACAUCCGGCACACUGUCACGGUUCCAAGGGCGGCUGGAGAGCUUCAAGGACAAAGUUACAGAGCAGCAGGAUGAGAUGCAGAACAUGCGUGCCAUCUUUGGUCGCCUAGAGCAAAUGGCCAGUGAGCUUCGUGCCGCUGAUACAUAUAAAGCUCAUGACAUUCAGGAGCUGAAACAGAGCGUAAUGCAGCUAGAGUCACGUUUAUCACACCUGUAUCACUCACUCGACCGCUCUGUGGGAAACCUGCGUUGGGAUGUUAAGACGUACCUGGAUCAUUUGUGUUCUUCCAACAGCCUUCAGUGUUAAGAGAAAAAUAAUAAGCAACCAUCGCUGUCAAGAGAAAAACAACCAUCAGUGUCUAGAAAAAAAUGAACACCUUAGGUAUAAUAAGAAAAUAGUGACCUUUGGUGUUAUGAGAAAACCAGCAAACUCUAUUGUUAAGAAAAACAAACAUGCUUCUCCAGUUCUUACUCCCUCUGAAGGUGGCUGAAGGACACAUCCCCCUGUUCUUCCAGGUAAAAGGUCACUUAAUGACCUUAUGGUGGAGUUAACCAAAUAUAUGAAAGAUGAAGUAUUGCAUCAACAGAAAUUAGACCAGACCAGAAUCUUUCUUUACAAAGGAAGAAAACACCUGAAAACAUCAUCUUCCUUUAUUAAAUAAAAUGUGAUCUCUUGAA